CUGAAUCAAGCAAUUUCAAUGGUUUCAUAUUAUGCUUCAUCUUCAGAGCCUGCUCAGGUUCGUGGCAAGACUGUUUACAUUCAAUAUUCUAAUAGACAUCAUAUUGUCAACAGCAAUUCCCCUGGAGAUAUCCCUGGAAAUGUCUUGCUGGUAACCAUUGAAGGUGUUGAAGCAGGAGAUGUGAGCAUUGAUGUUAUCCACUUGGUGUUUUCUGCGUUUGGCUUUGUACACAAACUUGCCACAUUUGAAAAGACUGCAGGUUUUCAGGCUCUGAUUCAGUACACUGAUGCUGAGACUGCUGCUUCGGCUAAGGAUUCACUCGAUGGAAGAAGCAUACCAAGGCAAGCUCUACUUUUACAUUUUCUCCUUUCUUAACCCUCAUCAUUAAUUGUGGUGAUUGCUUUCAUUUCCAGAUACUUGCUCCCAGAGCAUGUUGGAGCUUGCAACUUGCGUAUCUCGUACUCAGCACAUCGAGACCUCAACAUCAAAUUCCAAUCUAACCGCAGCAGGGACUACACUAAUCCCAUGCUUCCUGUUAAUCAGGCUGCUAUUGACAGUGCGUUACAGCCUGCAAUUGGUCCUGACGGAAAGAGGAAGGAACACAAAAGUAAUGUGCUUUUGGCAACAAUUGAAAAUAUGCAGUAUGCUGUACCCCUAGAUGUUCUUCACUCGGUGUUUUCUGCAUUUGGCUUUGUUCAGAAAGUUGCUAUGUUUGAUAAGAAUGGGCACACUCAUGCACUGAUUCAAUACCCUGAUCUUACGAUAGCAGCGGCGGCCAAAGAAACUUUGGAGGGACAUUGCAUAUAUGAUGGUGGCUAUUGUAAGCUUCAUCUAACAUACUCUCGUCAUACUGAUCUCAAUGUUAAGGCAUUCAGUGACAAAAGCAGAGACUAUACAGUGCUAGAUCCUAGUCUCCAUGCAGCUCAAGCUCCUGCAUGGCAGACCACUCAAGCUGCGACUAUGUAUUCUGGUUCAAUGGGACAAAUGCCAUCAUGGGAUCCAAACCAGCAGGAAGUUACACAAAGUUAUUUAUCAGCACCCGGUACUUUUCCUUCUGGUCAAGCCGCUCCUCCAUUUCCUGGCUAUUCCCCAGCUGCAGUACCCCCCGCCGGUGCCUCACCUCAUUCUCAUAUGCCUCCCAGUUCAUUUGCCGGUGCUUUUCCUGGUAGUCAACCUCAUUAUGGUUGGGAAAGUAGAUUUCGUCUGAACUACAAUCCCUAUACCUUAUAGUUUUUAUUCAACUCCAUCAAAUUUUCAAGUUGGAUCUCAUUGAUUCAUACAGAGUUUCAGUUUCAAUUUCUGAUGCCCUAAGUUUUGAGCCUUUUGUCCAAACUACCCACUAUUUUCGGGUAUUGUCUUUACUUACUACAUGGAUUUUUUUUUUUUCUUGUUUAUUUUUGGUAUUUCUUCAUGCUAACAACCCUUCUGUGGUGCAAAGGCAUACAAUAGUUAAAUAUUUACUUUUAUUUUGGACUACAUGGAGUAUUGUUUUCUGCAUUGCUUCAA